GGACACUGGAGCCCUUAAUCCUCGUCCACUCACCCGCCUCUCUGGCUCUCUUUCUCUUGGUAAAGUUUGUCAGUAAAUUAUUUUUCAAUGGCUCGAGAAUUUAACCUCCUCUACGCUCUUUUGCUGGUUGUGGCCUGUCUUGCAGGACCUACAGACGGAGAAGGAACUACCACCAUAGCAGGGCCUGCCACCACAGCAGGGCCUGCCACCACAACCAUAGCAGGGCCUGCCACCACAGCAGGGCCUGCCACCACAACCAUAGCAGGGCCUGCCACCACAACCAUAGCAGGGCCUGCCACCACAACCAUAGCAGGACCUGCCACCACAGCAGGGCCUGCCACCACAGCAGGGCCUGCCACCACAACCAUAGCAGGGCCUGCCACCACAACCAUAGCAGGACCUGCCACCACAACCAUAGCAGGGCCUGCCACCACAACCAUAGCAGGACCUGCCACCACAACCAUAGCAGGACCUGCCACCACAACCAUAGCAGGACCUGCCACCACAACCAUAGCAGGACCUGCCACCACAACCAUAGCAGGACCUGCCACCACAACCAUAGCAGGACCUGCCACCACAACCAUAGCAGGGCCUGCCACCACAACCAUAGCAGGACCUGCCACCACAACCAUAGCAGGGCCUGCCACCACAACCAUAGCAGGGCCUGCCACCACAACCAUAGCAGGGCCUGCCACCACAACCAUAGCAGGGCCUGCCACCACAACCAUAGCAGGACCUGCCACCACAACCAUAGCAGGACCUGCCACCACAACCAUAGCAGGACCUGCCACCACAACCAUAGCAGGACCUGCCACCACAACCAUAGCAGGACCUGCCACCACAACCAUAGCAGGACCUGCCACCACAACCAUAGCAGGACCUGCCACCACAACCAUAGCAGGACCUGCCACCACAACCAUAGCAGGACCUGCCACCACAACCAUAGAGCCUGCCACCACAACCAUAGCAGGGCCUGCCACUACAGAGCUUCCACACCCUUGUAAUAUAAACCCAUGUGGCUCUGGGGCCACCUGUGAACGUCGUGCCGAUCAAACCUUUGCAUGCUUGUGUUUGGCUGGUGAUUUCUACAAUGAAGUCAGCCAAACUUGUGACAGUGCCAAAGUUUUUCCUGGAAACCUUGUUCUUGUACAAGCAUACAAGGAAGGUAUGGAUGACAAGACCUCAAAGGAAUUUCGUGUUGCAUCCAAAGAAAUCACUGACGAGCUGGAUCGAGUUUUUGAAUCGUAUAAUGAUAGUUACUCUGGAUCUAUAGUGCUGAAGCUCAGCAAGAUCACUAAAGACACCAAAGUUUGGUCAAGAGCAGGCACUGGGGUCAGAGCAGAUGUACAGAUCAUCUUCAAGGCAAAUGCUGACAUCGUAACAGCAGAAGUUACAGAGAAACUGGAGGUAGAGAAGGCUUGUGAGGAUUGCCUAUUGAAGGAUUCAUCUUUCGUUCCUGGAGAACUGUGUGGUGACACUACCUGUGGUACGAAUACUGCAGGAUGCGAAUCUGGGAACGGAACUUUUACCUGUAAAUGUGCGCUUGGUUACAUUACCACCAACUACACUAACAGGAUAUGCAUUGCAUGUCCCAACGGUCAAAAACCUGAUGGAUCCAAUGUCUGUGAAAAUUGUUCAUUUGGCUAUUCUGGUUUGAACUGCACCGAUUCAUGGAAGCUGUCGCUGGUAAUCGUUGGCUCUGUGCUCGGGGCACUGCUGCUCAUCACGCUCAUUGUUCUGAUAGUAAUGGCAGUCAGAUCCCCAAAGAAAAAGAGCUCCAAAAAGAGCAAAAAAGCAGACACUGGGAACUCUUAUGUUAGCCAACUUCCUGUCAAGGCGCCAUUGGGAGCCCACAGCCACGUAGCCCCGGCUAAUGGGCUAGGUAACGGCCAGUCAGCCUUUGGCAAUGCUGGGGUGCCUAGGAUCCCACGGGCCACGACCACCAGCAGCUGGGACAGCAGGACCAACCUGGAGAUGACUCCGAGCAACAGCCGGCAGAACCUGAUCCCUGCUGGGAGGAACUCGCGGUUCAACGAGGACAAUGAGGACCAGUAUGCUCAGUCUCGACAGAGCAGCCUCUACGCUCGCCCGCAGAACAACCCGUAUUCCCAGAGUCGACCUCAGAACAACCCGUACGCUCAGAGCAACCCAUACGCUCAGAGCCAAGGCCACAGCAGCCCUUACAUGCACUAAGACAG